ACCAGCAACCAAAGUCGUCGGGAACUCAACAGGAGCCCCCCUCCCCGCAAAGCUUUCCGCCCCCCAGAGUCCAACGCCGCCGUCGCUCUCACCACCGGCAAGCAGCCGCUGAUCACCCCGCAUCCCACCACAUAAAACACACGCACACGCAGACGCCCCCGAUGGAUCCCCUCGAAUCGACGGCCGACGCGGCGUCUCCUCCUGAUCCCUCGCCGCGGAAGCGCGCCGCCGCGGCCGCGCUGACCGUGGACACGUCGGCCACGCCAGGGCCCCGGAGGAGGAGGAGGAGCCCGGUGGUCAGGGAGCGGGAGAGCAAGGCGCGGCAGGAGACGGAGACGGCGGACAUGGAGCAGCCGGUGAGCCCGGCGGGGCGGCUGUUCAGGGAGGCGCACUUCAACUGCUACAUCGUGGCGCUGCUGGGUCUGGGCGCGCCGCUCGACGUGGAGGCCGCGCGCGCCGGGCUCCUGGACACGCUCGUCCGCCACCCGCGAUUCUCCAGCGUCCAGGUGUUGGACGAGGCAAACAAGAACGCGAAGCCACGGUGGGUGCGGACGACGGUGAACCUGGACGACCACGUCAUCUUCCCGGACCUGGACCCGGCGGCCACGUCGGCGGACCCGGACAAGGCCAUGGAGGACUACGUGUCGUCCCUGUCGACGCGGCCCAUGGACCACUCCCGGCCGCUGUGGGAGUUCCACGUGCUGGACUUCCCGACCUCCGAGGCGCGCGCCGCCGUGGCCAUCCGGAUGCACCACUCCCUCGGCGACGGCGUCUCGCUCAUCUCGCUCCUCAUGGCCUGCACCCGCAGCGCCGCCGACCCGGCCCGGCUGCCCGCCCUCCCGGCCCAGCCCACGCCGCCGCCAGGCCCAGGCCGGGGCCUGGCGGCGAUGCUAGCCGCUUGGGCCGCGUGGGCGUGGGCGCUCCUCGUGCUGGCGUGGAACACGCUGGUCGACGUGGCGCGGUUCGUGGCCACGUCGUGGUUCCUCCGCGACGAGCGCACGCCGUUCAUGGGGGUGCCGGGCGUCGAGUUCCGCCGCAAGCGGUUCCUCAACUGCACGCUCAGCCUCGACGACGUCAAGUUCGUCAAGAACGCCCUGAAGUGUACUGUGAAUGAUGUGUUGAUUGGAGUGACUUCGGCAGCACUGUCGCGCUAUUAUUUCCGCAAAACCGCUUCAACAGAUGACACCAGCGGCGAUAGGACAAAACCGCAGAAGGACAUCCGCCUGCGAGCGGCUCUGCUCGUCAACAUUAGAAAAACGCCUGGCCUACAUACAUUGGCAGAGAUGAUGGAUAAUAGUAAGAACAACACGGUGAAAUGGGGGAACCAGAUUGGCUACAUCGUGCUCCCGUUCCAUAUAGUGAUGCACGACGAUCCUCUUGAAUACAUCCGACGGGGAAAGAGGACAGCGGACAGGAAGAAGAGAUCGUUGGAAGCAGUCUUCACAUAUUGGAGCGGGAAUCUAGUGGUCAAGCUUUUUGGCAUCAAGGCAGCAGCAGCUCUGUGCUACGGCAUGUUCACCAACACCACCAUGUCAUUCUCGAGCCUGGCCGGACCGGCAGAGAAGGUGGAGUUCUAUGGCCACCCGAUCGUCUACAUUGCCACCAGCGUCUACGGGCAUCCACAUGCUCUGACCGUACAUUUCCAAAGUUACUCGAACAUCGUGAAACUCGUCCUCGCGGUGGAUGACGAGCAGUUCCCGGACUCUCAUCAGCUGCUGGACGACUUCGCGGAGUCCCUCAGGCUUGUGCGUCAGGCAGCAGCUUCAGUAGAAUAGCAGUAAGAGAUAUACAGACUUGUAUUUUAGGUAAAAUGUAGUAGAGGGCAAAACAGAGAAUAUCCAUACUUUCAGAUAGUACUCGGUAGCCUGGCUGGCGACUGUACAUGUACAUUCUCCCAGGAAAUCACGAAAUAGGCAGGCGUAAAAAUUUGUUGUAAACAGCUAUAAAUUAAUGGAAGACAUUCAAUUGGUUUUCAUC